UGUCUUCAUAAAAACAUUUCCCAUUUUUAUCUCCCGUUUAGAUCUUUCUUUCUCUUAUUUGUAGCAAAUUUCAAUUUCGGUUACAUUAUAUCCGCAUCCCAUUAUUCCACAUUUAAGUACAAACGUGUCUUCCAUUUGGUCAAGUCCUUUUCUAAAGGGCUUCAACGUUGAUCAAUUGUUAAAGGGGGGAGAGAGAGAGAGAGGAUGCUAUUUUGAUCAGGGUCUUUUAAAUUCCGAUUCUUUUAGGAGUAUCUGGAAUUGGGUUUUGCAGAUUUUGGGUCAUCCUGAUAAUUUUGAAGCUGGGUAUUUGUUAGUGGGAAUCUGACCGCAAUGGAGAUUCUAGAGAUUGUAGAUGUUUAUUUGAUGGGGAUUUGACUUUGAAAGAUAGGAAUCUUUAUUUCUUUCUUAGAGUCAGAAGAAUUUAUAACUUUUUGUUUGUUUGGUUCCAUCUUGAAAAGCACGAGACAAUUUAUUAAUCCAUAAAACAGUCACAUCCUGAUUUUUUUUUCUUUUUUAAAGUAAUUGCAGGCAAGGUUCUUCUUCUGAUGUCAAAAUUAAAAAGGUGGCAAUCCAUUUAAGGAAAUGAAACAUUGACUGUUAGAACUUCUCUUAGAUGUAUUUUGGAAGGCUUCAUUGUUAUUGGUUUGGUCUAUUUCGCAAGAUUUGGAUGGUUUGAGGAUUAUGAUUUAGGAGAGGUUUUGUGGUGCACCGUUUUUUAGGCAUUUAGAACAGACAGAGAAGCUCAUCAAUGAGAUUUCUAAGCUUUGUGGGGAACUCCUUUGGAUGUUCCGCAUCUGGGGAACGCCUAGUUUCCGCAGCAAGAGAUGGAGAUCUUCAAGAAGCCAAGGCUUUAUUGGAAUACAAUCCAAGACUUGCAAGGUAUUCAACUUUUGGAGCUCGCAAUUCGCCUCUCCAUUACUCUGCUGCUCAGGGUCACCAUGAGAUAGUUUCGCUCUUGCUUGAGUCUGGAGUAGAUAUUAACCUCAGGAACUAUCGGGGUCAGACUGCUCUGAUGCAAGCUUGUCAAUAUGGACACUGGGAGGUUGUUCAAAUUUUGAUUCUUUUUGGGGCCAAUAUUCACAGAGCAGAUUAUCUUAAUGGGGGUACUGCACUCCACUUGGCUGCCUUGAAUGGUCAUUCCCGGUGCAUAAGGCUCCUUCUUGCAGAUUAUAUUCCUAGCAUUCCUGAUUGUUGGAAUAUAUUAACAAACAAAUCAAAAGAUAAAGAAUCUACUUCAGAUUUUGAUGAGAGUGCUCUUCGCGAGGUUAUCAAUAAACCUGCUGAUGGCGGUGUCACUGCUCUUCAUAUGGCAGCCUUGAAUGGACAUGUUGAAAGUGUUCAGCUGCUCCUGGAUUUGGGAGCUUCUGUUGCUGAGGUCACUGUAGAAGAUGGAACGACGAUUGAUCUAAUAGGUGCUGGGAGCACUGCUCUUCACUAUGCUGCUUGUGGUGGAAAUGCACAAUGUUGUCAGAUUUUGAUAGCCAGGGGUGCCAGUAUUACUACCACUACUGUAAAUGGGUGGAGUCCUUUAAUGGUUGCCCGUUCAUGGCGCAAAAGUUGGCUUGAGGAAAUCCUUAGCAGUCAGCCUGAAGGCCAGUCGCAAGCUCUUCCUUCACCCUUUCUGUCUCUUCCCCUUAUGAGCAUUAUUAGAAUUGCUAGAGAAUGUGGAUGGAGGACUGGUGAUUCCUUGUUCUCAUGCCAAGAUCCAUGUGCUGUAUGUCUGGACAGGCAGUGUACAGUAGCUGCAGAAGGUUGUGAUCAUGAGUUCUGCACACACUGUGCCUUAUACCUCUGUUCUACAAAUCACACAACAAAUGUAGCUAAAGGUCCAACUGGCUCAAUUGCCUGUCCUCUUUGUCGGCACGGAAUAGUAUCAUUUGUCAAGCUCCCUGGAGCAAAACCAAUAGUUAAGGCUGUUGCAAGAACAAGUUUGUCCCUGUCUUUCUGCACAUGUUCUAGUGAGAUGUUGGAGCCAACUUCAAUGACAACCCCGCUUUGCAAGCCUGUGGUCCAUUGCGCUCGCAUUUCUCCCCCUGGAUCUUCAUUCUGCAGCAUAAGUGGUCAGAGUUCCCUGUCGAUGAAAAUCCACUCUAGCCUUUGCAUUGGUGUUCCGAAUUCUAGUCCUUUAACUCGCUGCCCUGCCGACCAGAAUUUGCGCGGCUUAAGACGCUCGGCUACAGAGGGCAGAAGAUCAUGGUUCUCAACUCUUAAUCAAUGUGUAACUACAGGCAAUGGUUGCUGACAUUUUUUGUGCUUUUCUCCUCCGUUCUUUUCCUAUCUGAUAUGGUUGAUUGCCCCCUCUAAUUUUGCCCAUAAUUGUAAUUGAAAUUUCAUGUUUAUAAUGAUUCUUGGUUGUGUAAAGAGCUAGAAAA